AUGGAGUUUUCCAAAAGCGCCACUCGCGUCUUGGAGAUCCGAGGCCCUGUCGAGGUGGUGAAUGUUCACAGGCUUUCGCCCUUAUUCAAUGCCAAUCUAAAAUACGACACUCAGGGUGUUGCUACUGUUCUUGAGGACAACCACCAGCGCGUUCUCCGCUGGACGUUCUGCUCUUUUCGCGCUCAGGCGCAAGCUGCCCGUAAGCUGCUGAGGUCCACAUGGCCUAGCCUUCACGUCCGUUGGGGUAUCGACCCCAUGGCCCUACCUAUUAACAUGUUGCCUGACGCUCAAAGCACUAUGCCCGUGUGCCUCCGCUUGCCUCAGCCGCAGUUGAUUGACACUGCCGGUAAUGCCGACAACGAUGAUAAGGCGGACGAUUUGAUCACGUUCUCCGACGACGACGACGAUGACGAGGCGGAGUAG